AUGGCGCUCUUUCCCCUCCGCCUGCAAAUAAACUACGAGGAGGAACAGAAUGUGCUGAAAGAGUUUCUCCAGAACUUCAAAUCCAGCCAAUCUGCUUCUGAAACUUCCGCAACUGAAGCGAUUUCACAUCUCAACAUUGAUGAAGAUGAUCUUGAUGCGCUGGAUGAAAUGGAGGAGGACGGUGAAGAGAAUCAACGAACAAGGCAAAAGCGUGAACCCAAGCUCAAGUAUAUGGCAAUACUCCAGGAGGUCGCAGAUCGAGUCAGGAACCAUAUUGUCAUAGAAUUAGACGAUUUGGAUAAAUUCCUGAAAUCGGCCCCCGAGGGGCCACACUCAAAUCUUGCAGAGAGAAUUACAAACAAUGCAAAACGUUAUAUUGAUGUGAUUUCGGAAGCAGUUGACGAAAUAAUGCCCAAAGAGAGCGCAGAAGUAACCUUUAAGGAUGAUGUAAUUGAUGUUAUCGUUUCCCAACGUGGACGAAGGAAUGAGGCCAUGAAUAUGGCUCUAGAAGCAGACAUAGAUGUUGGCAUGCAGCCGUCUACGUUCCCACUCGAACUGACCAGACGAUAUACACUCAAUAUCAAACCCAUCACCCCAUCUGGAUCGAGUAGCAAUCUGAACCCCAAAGCCUUUGCCGUUCGAGAUGUCCGUGGAGCUCAUCUUGGAAAAUUAAUCACAGUCAGGGGUAUUACCACCCGAGUUUCGGAUGUUAAGCCAUCUGUCACGAUCAAUGCGUAUACCUGCGAUCGCUGUGGAUCAGAAGUAUUCCAGCCGAUUACCACAAAACAGUUCCUUCCGCUAACUGAAUGUUUAUCGGAUGAAUGUACAAAGAACAAUACCAAGGGACAACUCUUUCUGUCUACUCGGGCGUCGAAGUUUGUUCCAUUCCAGGAGGCCAAGAUACAAGAGAUGGCAGAUCAAGUACCUAUCGGACAUAUCCCUCGCACACUGACGGUACAUCUGCUGGGCAGCUUAGCCCGACAAUUGAACCCUGGGGACAAUGUUGAUAUUGCCGGAAUUUUUCUUCCCACGCCUUAUACUGGCUUCCGAGCUAUUAAAGCCGGUCUACUAACAGAUACAUACCUUGAAGCCCAGCAUAUAACCCAGCAUAAAAAGGCAUAUGAUCAUCUUGUCAUGGACCCAGGAACGCUGAGAAAGAUCACUAGACAUGCAAACUCAGGAAACAUGUAUGAGUAUCUGUCACGAUCGAUUGCACCAGAGAUUUACGGACACCUUGAUGUUAAGAAGGCUCUGCUACUUCUCUUGAUUGGUGGUGUCACAAAGGAGAUGGGGGAUGGAAUGCGUAUCCGUGGUGACAUCAACAUCUGCUUGAUGGGUGACCCUGGUGUUGCAAAAUCCCAGCUUCUCAAAUACAUCACCAAGGUAGCUCCUCGCGCCAUCUACACCACUGGACGUGGAAGCAGUGGAGUUGGUCUGACAGCAGCAGUGAUGCGAGAUCCUGUUACAGAUGAGAUGGUCCUCGAAGGCGGUGCACUUGUCCUUGCAGACAAUGGUAUCUGCUGUAUUGAUGAGUUUGAUAAAAUGGACGACGGAGACAGGACUGCUAUCCACGAAGUCAUGGAACAGCAGACAAUCUCGAUUUCCAAAGCCGGAAUUUCAACGACACUCAACGCCCGCACCUCUAUUCUUGCAGCAGCCAAUCCGCUGUAUGGAAGAUAUAACCCUCGAAUUUCACCUGUCGAAAACAUCAAUCUCCCUGCUGCACUUCUCUCUCGUUUCGAUAUUCUCUUCCUUAUGCUUGAUACUCCCUCCCGCGAUUCCGACGAAGAACUCGCUAACCAUGUUGCCUACGUCCACAUGCACAACAAGCACCCUGAAGCUAGUGCCGAUGAGGUUGUUUUCACUCCCGGAGAAGUACGGCAGUACAUCGCUAAAGCACGAACAUACCGGCCCGUGGUACCGAAGAGUGUCUCGGAAUACAUGGUAGGUGCAUAUGUCCGUAUGCGCAAACAACAAAAACUAGAAGAAGGAAGCAAAAAACAAUUCACUCAUGUCACGCCACGAACAUUACUUGGUGUUCUUCGUCUCUCCCAAGCCCUUGCCCGGCUCCGCUUCAGUGAGCGUGUUGUGACGGAGGACAUCGACGAGGCCCUCCGAUUAAUCGAAGUCAGUAAGUCCAGCUUACACCAGGACUCGCAAUCUGGGGUGGAUCACAGUCCUACAAGCAAGAUUUAUAAUCUCAUCUGCGCAAUGAGGGAGAGCGGUGCGGCUGCUAUUGGCGAUGAAGAUGAAGGAACACUCAGCAUGAAGAGGAUCCGGGAACGAGUUGUUGCGAAAGGAUUCACGGAUGAUCAACUCAGCCAGGCAAUUGACGAAUACGCGGAGCUCAGUGUCUGGCAAGUCAGUGGAAACGGCACUCGGCUCGUUUUCAUCGAAGCUGGAGGCGAUGCAAUGGAUUUUAAAAUGGUGCUUUACAAUGCAACGUCCCGGGAUCAUGGGUUCCUCUGCAAGAUCCUUUAUAGCAGCAGCUACCUGAAUGCUUAG